UUGGAGUACGAGCUUGGACUCCGCCCCUCCUGAAAGCGUCAGGCAUGAGGAAGCGGCGAUGCUGUUAGGUUGCCUCUGCCGGUAGUUGCCGCUAACCAGCUCGUAGAGAGUAACGUGGGCAGCGGAGCCAAAACAACAAAAAAAAGAACAAGGAAGGGAAGGAGGAAAAGUGUGCAGCAUGGCGGCGGGUGUGCGCUCUGUGUGUAUUGUGCUGCUGUGUCUGAGCGGGGAGGUUCUGACAGGCCGGGAUUUCUACAAGAUUCUGGGGGUAUCUAAAAGCGCCUCGGUGAAGGAUAUCAAGAAGGCUUAUCGCAAACUGGCACUGCAGUUGCACCCCGACAGAAACCCCGACGAUCCGGCAGCGCAGGCUAAGUUCCAGGAUUUGGGGGCUGCUUAUGAGGUUUUGUCUGAUGAAGAGAAGAGGAAACAAUACGACAUGUAUGGGGAAGAGGGCUUAAAAGAAGGUCGUCAAGGUUCCCAUGAUGACAUAUUUUCACAUUUCUUUGGGGAUUUUGGUUUUAUGUUUGGAGGAGGCCCACGGCAUCAAGACCGGAACAUUCCGCGAGGAAGUGACAUUAUCGUGGACCUUGAAGUUACGCUUGAAGAAGUAUAUUCGGGAAACUUUGUGGAAGUUGUAAGAAACAAGCCAGUGGCAAAGCAAGCUCCUGGAAAGAGGAAAUGUAACUGCAGACAGGAAAUGAGAACCACACAAUUAGGCCCUGGAAGAUUCCAGAUGACUCAGGAAAUGGUUUGCGAUGAGUGUCCCAAUGUUAAGCUUGUAAAUGAGGAGAGGACACUUGAAGUGGAGAUAGAACCUGGUGUUCGGGAUGGAAUGGAAUAUCCUUUCAUUGGAGAAGGUGAACCUCACAUAGAUGGAGAACCUGGAGAUCUGAAAUUCAGAAUAAAAGUUUUAAAGCACCCAAUAUUUGAGAGACGGGGUGAUGACCUCUAUACAAAUGUCACAAUUUCAUUAGUGGAAGCACUGAUAGGCUUUGAAAUGGUUAUCUCUCAUUUGGAUGGUCACAAGGUCCAAAUAGUUAGAGACAAGAUUACAAAGCCAGGUGCAAAAGUAUGGAAAAAAGGAGAGGGUCUGCCAAACUUCGACAACAACAAUAUUAGAGGUUCACUCAUAAUAACAUUUGAUGUGGAAUUCCCCAGGGAACAACUUACUGGUGAUCAGAAGGAAGGUAUAAAGCAGCUGCUUAAACAAGGACCAGUGAAAAAAGUGUACAAUGGACUUCAGGGAUAUUGAUGAAAACACAAAUGAAACAGACUUUCAUGUGAUACUGAAAACUAUUUAUUAUGAGGUUUCUAAUGUUGAAUGUAUUUUUUGGGUUGGAAAAGAAUUGCUAACAUUUUGAAAAACUGAAAUCUGUUUGAUUCUAAGCAGCACAAGAUAUACAUUGAAAUUUUUAUUUCGACCUUUAUUCAAUUUUUUGACCCCUGCCCCAAAAAAAAAAUUGACUCUGGCCAGAACAGCAAAAUAUGUUAGCAUUUUAAGAUGACUGGAUAUGUUUCAGUUUUUAUAUUCUAAACAAAAGAGGCAAACUGUAAACUUCUCUUCAUCUUUAACUAUGUUCUGUUACUUCUAAAAUGUUAGGUAUUAUGGUGGUUCAAUUUUUUUCUCAAGAAACAAGUGCAUUGAUUUCAGUGCAAUGUCCAACUUUGUAAAAAUUGUUCAGAAGUACUUAAAAUUCGAAUUCUGUUAUUUUUGAGAUGAGGGGGCCAAAUAUUGCUCCAAUGGUCAAAGCAAUUUGGUCUCUGUAUUAUCGAAAUAUGAAGAAUACACCAUAUAGAUUUGAGCAAACUUACCAUUUGAUUUUAAUUUGUCACUACAGCUGUAAAUUGACUUUGAAAUUUUGAAAGGAUGGCACAGUUUGAAAGUGACACUGUAUUGUACGUUGUCAAAUUGAAAGUUAAACAGUAAACAACAUUGUUAUAAGGUGCAACUCAUCAGCUAAAAUUGAUUGGGGAACAAAAUGCAUCUUGCUGUAGACAGCAGGAUCUAUGCAUUUCAUUUUUUUGUAUUUUGUUGUUUCAGUUGAAGACUUGGAAUGCUGAAGUCAAUUGCUUCAAAUUAAAUUCAACAAAAAUCGUUGAAUGUGUGAAACUUGGUGGAUUCUAGCAUAGUACUUGAUCACUACAGAUACUGAGGAUUUUUUAAAGCGGCAAUUAAUAUAGCUUCCUCAACUGUACCUACUCUUAAAAAAAGAGAAAAUGACAAUUGUACAGAUUGCACAUUUCAAAGCUUCAGCUGACUUAGAAACAUCUUUCAGUCAAACUUUAGUUUGCAUAAAGCAUUGCAAUAAAGGACCAGGUGCACUGCAUACAAGGGUAGAUACAGUUUAACUAUUUUCAUGUAAUACUCCACUUAUUAUGUAAAACUUAAACAAAACAGUGUCUGUACAGUUAAUUGAAACAUACAAGCAAGCAAUUGUUUUUAGCAUCCUGUUUUCAUAGUCCAGAAUUGCAAAAUAUUGAAAAUACUGCUACUAGAUCAGCAGAGUGCUCCGUUGCUGUUCAAUGUUUUUCAAAAAUUGUAUUUGAGCACUUCCAAAUUGAGUUAAUUGUUUUCUUAACUACUUCUAUUCAAAGUUUGAUUGUUUUUCUCAUUACUUCAAAGUAUCAAACAAAAAUGCAACAAAAUUUUAAUUUGAAAAGGUUUGAUGUGAAAAGCAAACAUUCUUCUAAAAUUGAACAUUUUUUGUAUAUAUAGCUAAAUAAAAGAUUUAGUUGAGGCAUUUUUGAGAAGCUUACAUUUUCACAAUGAAAAGUAGAACAUUUUGCAACUUUUUUUAAAUGUCUCUGUAAAAGUUGUACAGAAAAUUGGGUGAUCUGCAGAUAUUUGCGUUGCUUUUGAUGUCCGUGGUGAAUAUACCAACACUAAAUUAAGAGGCUGUAUACACAAUACAAAUGGUCUUUUACAUAUACUUAUGAACAAA